GUCGAAUCAGAGCCAUUGGUUCGUUCCGAUCGAGAUGAGAAUACUACAGAUUUUCGGAUUUUUCGUUAUUCUUUGGCAUAAUCAAUUAGAUGCUUAUGUUUUCAAUGAUCCACAAGAUGUUAUAAUGGAAGGGUGCAAGAAGUUAGAAAGUACGACACCGCUAUUGCGUCUUAAAAAAUAUCUUUUAUGUAACUAUGAUAUGACUAUCCGUCCGAAUCAUCAUAGAACAGUUACUAAUGUCACUCUUCGGUUGAUGCCGAAAUUGAUGGAAUUUACUGGUGGUGUACUGACACUUCACAGUUGGAUGUCAUAUUCUUGGACGGAUAUGCAUCUUACUUGGACGCCAAGCGAUUAUGACGGCAUUACUUAUAUUCAUUUGAAGACAUAUCAUCUUUGGAUGCCUGAUCUAUAUGUCUAUAAUUCUGGUGAUAUGUCGAAUGAUGAAUAUAAUAUUAUCAGCACGAACUGUCUGAUCUUUAAUACAGGUUCUGUCGUUUGCGUACCCCCUGCAAAAUAUGUUUCAAAAUGCGAUCUCGAUUAUACUUAUUGGCCUUAUGAUCAACAUACAUGUCGUAUUAUACUUGGUUCAUGGUCGCAUACGGGAGAGGAGAUCGAUGUACAUUUAGAUGGAAAAGGAGUUAGUAUGAACAGCUACGAAAACAAUACAGAAUGGGAUUUGAAAUUUGUAAAUGCAGAGAAAAUAGUCAAGAAAUAUACAUGUUGUCCGAAUGAUACCUUUCCGAGAAUAGAUUUUACAUUUUUGUUAACUCGGCACCAUGGCAUAAACCAUAGUUCUUAUGUCACGCCAGCUAUCGUUUUAGUAUUUCUUACUUUAACGGUGCUCUGGUUGGAUUCAAGAUCAGUUGAACGAGUAGCAAUCGCGAGCAUAAAUUUCAUUUGCCAUCUACUUUGCAUGUUUGAUUUGCAAUGGAAUUUGCCAUACAAUGGCAUUAAAGUUCCUCAUAUAUUGUUGUUUUACCGUGACUCUCUGUCAUUGGCUACUUUCGCGUUAAUUUUAACAGUCUUGUUACGCAAAUUGCAAGACAUGAGUAUAGAAAUGCCAAGUUGGAUUUCUUCUACAACAACAUUUGUCUUGAACAACAAAGCUGGUCGUUUCCUAAUUCUUAAUAAUGAGGAAUCCAAGAUAAUAGAUGGAGAUAUAGUAAAUGAAGAUGGAUCAAAUCUUCCAAAAUCUGGAAUGGAAAUGAAAGAAUCAUCCUGGAGACAUUUUGCUGCUAUUGUCGAAUGGUUAUCAUUCUUCUGUGUGAUUCUCACCUAUGUCAUUAUCUUAGUCACCCUUGUACCUUCAGGAGUCAUGAACUAACUCGUGAUGUAAAACAAUCAAAAUUUUCUCCAUCAUAUUCAACAUUCUUUUUUAAAUAAUUUCAAAUAAUUCAAAUAAUUUUUUCUGUUUUCUUUCAUAGCAGAUUAAAAUAAGUGAAUUGUAUGUGUUAUUUUAAUCAUACACAUUUUUUUUAUUGCUUCUGUAAUAAAGUUUCAUUAAUGAUA